AUGGUGGGAACAGGCAAAAAACCCAGGCCUGUUGGCCGGGUGAAGAAAGGCACCGAAACCACGAAAAAUCAUCGGUUCGAGGGCUUCUCAUCGCGCAUCUCGAAGCUCAAAAUCGACCCGAUCCACCGCGUGCGCCGCGCCAGUUUCGGCGAAGAUGACGAAACAACCUCAUAUUUUCGAUCGGCGCUCGACCAUUGGUUUGAGAUGAACCUUUCAGAUAACUUUUCACAAUUCGUACGGCGUGUCAACCCUCUCUCCGAAAGUUUUGCCCAGGUCGUCUACCAUGAAGAAAAGAUUAUGGCUCUACUGGUCGAGUUUAUUGAGAAGAGAGACCAGCACUCCUUGGAACCGCUAUUGAGUCUACUUGCACAAUUUGCUCGGGACUUGGGUGUCAAGUUCGAAAAACACUUUGCGACAGCGGUCACUCUCGUUUCAUCCAUUGCGGCGACACAUGCGGACAUUGAGGUAGUCGAGUGGAGUUUCACUUGUCUAGCAUGGAUUUUCAAGUUCCUUUCUCGCCUGUUGGUACCGGACCUGCGACAAUUGCUCGGUAUCAUGACUCCAUACCUCGGCAAAGAGCGACAGAAGCCAUUCAUUGCGAGGUUCGCCGCCGAGUCAAUGUCGUUCCUCAUUCGCAAGGCCGGUCUCGUCUAUUACAAGAACAAGGCGCCCCUCGAUAUCGCUGUAUCAUACCUUUUCGACGAUAUCUCGAAAACCGCGGAGGAGGGCAAGGACACCGAAAAUUAUAGAGACGGAUUGAUGAACAUGUUCUCCGACGCUAUCAGAGGAGUCAACAACGGACUUCACUCCAACGGAAUGGACAUUCUCGACUGUAUCUUGUCGAAUAUCCCACCAAGUCAAGCCAAUAAUGAGCCAGCAGAGGUUGUCUGUGGUGUGGCUGUCAGCCUCGUCCACCACACGACCCCCGAUACUUUCGGCCCUAUCCUUGACACUGUCAAGACUUACAUCGAGGAGCGCUCAAAGACAACUCCGAACCCUAAUAUCUCGGAGUGCUGCCGUUUAAUGUUUUUGCUUGUGACAACCCGCAAGGGUGUCAGAAUUCAAAACUGGAAGAUUGUCCACCAGAUCCAGGUAUCCCUGCUUCAGCAGGUGGCAUCAUCUGAUGUGUCAUCAGGAACGAUAUCAAUCCUUCUUACAAGUGUUGCAUAUGCCCUGCAAAAGUCUCCCAUGGACGAGCUGCUCCCAUACCUGCGCUCUGUCGUGGACCUUGUGUCCACAGGUCCGCUCUCAAUAUAUUUCCUAUUCUUCUGUACAACAUUCUCGGAGUGGGGCUCAGAGCGGUUCCAGAGCUUGCUUGUUUCGCCUCUCCAAAAGUUCAUCAAUUCAUCAUGGAAAGACCGCGAGUGGGAGACUUGCUCAACUUUGCUUCGCCUGAACCAGACUGGCUGCAUCACACCGGACAGCUCAAAGUCUGGCUAUAUUUCCUGCCCCGACGCAUUCAAAGCCCGCGUCAAUGACUCGCUUGAAUAUCCCACCACGGAUGAGGCCUUUUUGAAUGCACUUGUGAAGCUUCCAUCGGCUAUUUCUCUGUUCUCAAGCUUUGCUACGAUGUCGAAGAUGGUUUCCAAGCUACACACCAACCUUCUGUCGGCUCUCCAGGAUGGCGCGACUGAAGGCAAGGAAGGCCAGACCAACGGUUUGGUAUUCUUCCUCGGCCAAGGCUUCAAGACAUAUGUCGAACUCGCUAAGCAAGUCGGAGAGCUUGACCCGAGUCUUUGGGGACAAGUCAUUGCGACUGCUACCAAAUUCUCCCGUCUGCCUGUAUUCCUGGAGGGCGCUCUCUCUUUCAUCUCUGCUUUACCAGAGUCCGCAGACCUAGAGCACUCUACACUAGAGGCCUUUGCUCAAGACCUAAUUGUCAACCUGGCUAGUCCGUCUCACAGACUACGCUUGGUAUCCCUUCGGAUCUUACGCGAAUUGAUUGUUCGCGUUGCCAAAUAUGAUCCCUCUCCCGUGGAGCUGGCCAUCGAAGUUGAAGAAAGCCCGUUGACCAUGGACAGCGUCCGAGUCAUCUCCAUGCAUAUCCGAAAACUCGCCAUUCUCUACCCCCAAAUAAUGUCUCGCAAAUGGAUGGCUACCUUGAUCCCUUACUUUUGCUUUGGAUUGUUCUCAAAGAAGCUUGCUCCCUUGUGGGAUGACUCUGCUGCAGCACUCAAGUCUAUCAGCGAGCACCCCGAGGGUGAGAAGAUCGUGUCCGACUUGUCUAUCCAGUGGUUGCAUGAGCGUGAUUCUGAAGGUCCUGAUGCCCCAGAUGAUGACAACGAAAGUUCGUACGUUGCCAGUCACUUCCAGUGUUAUAACGUUGCCAAGGUUCAAAAGGUCCUCGCUGCGAACUUGAAGAGCACAGAGGAUCCAUACUCCGUCCUAUCCCAGCAAUUCAAUGAAGAUCACACCAUCGCAGCUGUUCUUCCCACCUGCCCAAGAACUCAUGCUCUGCGUGUCCUCAACGCUGCCCCUGGCGUUGCUGAGAAGCGCUCCCGUCAAAUCGUGCCAUUGUUCUUGACAUGGGCCUUGCGCGAUGACCAGGAUGAUGCCCUUCCGGCCGGUGAGGCAAAAACCGAUGCCGAAACUGGCGAAGAGCAGGUUCGCUGGGGAUUCAAGGAUCGUUUGUCUAUGCUUGCUUUGUUCGCACAGUUCCUCAAUCCCAGAGUCUUGUACAGGACUGAUGAGGUCCACAAGGCCAUCUUGGGAUUGCUGUGUCACGGAAACUCUGAGCUCCAGAAAUCUGCGCUCAAGGUUCUGUUCACCUGGAAAGAUAAGAGUGUCACUCCCUACCAGGAGAACUUGCUAAAUAUUCUUGAUGAGUCCAGAUUCAAAGAUGAGCUCGCAGCAUUUGUGCACGUUGGAAACGACAACAGUCUGAUUGAAGAGUCUCACCGCGAGAUCCUCCUUCCUGUACUUCUCCGGCUCUUGUACGGUCGAAUGAUCUCCAAGGCCGGUGGCUCUGGCCAAGCCGGCCAAGUCGGCAGGAGAAAGACCAUUCUACGAACCAUCUCACAUCUCUCUGAGCAUGACUUCGGCCUUUUCAUGCACCUCGCCUUUGGUCCACUUGCAGAUGCAAACGUCAUUGAAGACCCGAGCAUCUUUGAGCAGGAACUGACAAGCCCGAGAAGACAGUUGGGUCUGCUCAAGAUGAUUGAUACGGUCUUUGAGACACUUCAAACCCGCAUGAUCGCAUACGCACCCCAAACCAUGAAUGUGGUCAUUUACUGUUUGGUGCGAGCAUGCCGGGCUCUCUACAGUGAAGGCAGCGAUCGUCCGGAGGAGCGCUUUUUGACUGUGCUCCAAAACAUUCGUUCAGAAUGUAUUCGCUGUCUCAAUUUGAUCUUCUCAAUUGCCUCAAACUGCGAUUGGACUUCGUAUGUCCGCAUUAUCUUUGACGAGAUGAUCAACAGCAGACUGGAUCAGUUCCCUAUCGAGACUGCUCAGGGUGUUUCAGGACUUCUGCGGAUGUUCCAUACUUGGGCCUCUUUCCCACGAUCGACAUUUUACUUAGUCCAGCACAACGACAAGGUUCUGACCAAGGUGAUCGACUGUCUUGGAGUAGAAUCAACACGCGACGAGGUCAAGAACUUCGUUUUGGAUGAAAUUCUUGUGCCUUUGGUUGAGACCUCCACCGGAAAGAAGCUGCAAGAAAACGAAGAGAUGCCUGACUUCCCAGCAGAGCAAAUUAAAACGGAGGUUCUCUCUCCCUACCUGGAACACGCUCUGCAGCACAUCGGCCGCGUUCUCAAGAGAGGUCCUUCCAAGCCUGUCCUCUACUCAGGUGUCAACGCGCUUUCUCUCAUCGCCCCUUGUGUUGAAUCUUCUCAAGAGACAUCAAGCCUUAUCAGCAUCACUACCUAUCUUCUCCGCCAACCCCCAGACCGUGUGAGUCCCAGAACCAAGUCUGGCUUGCUGAAGAUUCUCGAGCACUUCCUCCCAUUAUGGAACACAAAGGAAGAUGUCGAACUUGGUCAGCAAGUUUUCGAGGCCGUGUGCUCCAUGUUCGACUACUUCAAAGAUGAUGCCAACAGAGAAGUGCUGUCCAGAGUCUUCGCUGCUCUUGCAACCCACGAUGAGGAGCUCAAGGAGAUUGCUGAAUUGUGUGCAGACCUUAACUCUCGCUCGACAAGGAGGCUCGAACCCGACUAUGAACGACGCCUGCAGGCUUUCCGCAAAGUCAACGAGGAACAGUACAACAGUUACAGUGCCAAGCAGUGGAGACCUCUUCUUUACAACAUGCUCUUCUAUGUUAGAGACGAAGACGAGCUUGCAAUCCGAUCCAGCGCUUCUUUCAGUCUGAGACGUUUCAUCGACCGCACGGCCAAUGAAUCAGAUGCGGCGUUCGAAACUCUUAUUAAUGAUGUUCUUUUCCCUUCCUUGCAAUACGGUAUCCGGCAGAAGUCUGAGCUUAUUCGCUCCGAAGUUGUCGCCGUCAUUGGCUACUUUGUUAAGCUGAAUCCUACCAGACCUUCAGUGCAGGACAUGCAUGUCCUCCUUGUCGGCGAUGAUGAAGAAGCGUCAUUCUUCACCAACAUUCUUCACAUCCAGCAGCACCGCAGACAGCGUGCAUUGCGACGACUUGCUACAGAUGCAGCCAAUGGCAGCAUCCAGGCCUCAAACCUGGGCACAAUCUUCAUUCCUCUGAUUGAGCACUUCGUAUUUGAGGACGCAGCUGAUGAGAAUGCUCACAACCUGAUUGCUGAAGGUGUUGCGACUAUCGGAGCUCUGUCAGAAUGGUUGGACUGGAACCAAUUUCGUGCCAACUUCCGGAGAUACCGCAGCUAUAUGGCAAGCAAGCCCGAGAAGGAGAAGAACAUUCUCAGGCUUCUGGGCCGUAUGUCUGAUGCUCUUUCCAGCGCAAUGAGUCGGAAGAAGGGAUCGCAGAAGGAGACUGAUGACAAUGCUGAAAAGAUGGACAUUGUCGAGCAGCCCAUGUGCACGCUUGCUAAGACUGUUCCAUCUCUUACCAAGGUGGCAUCGGAAUUGACUACAAACUUCAUUCCCUUCUUGACCAAGUUCAUUCACCACAAGCAAGAGACGGAAAUGAGUUUGCGUUUGCCUGCUGCGGUCACUACUGUCAAGCUCCUCAAGAUUCUUCCCGAGGAGGACAUGGCUAUUCGUCUGCCCCCUGUUCUGCUCGAUGUCUGCACUACCCUCAAGAGUAAAGCACAGGAUUCCCGUGACACAGCACGCAAAACACUGAAUGAGAUUGCUCUCCUUCUGGGUCCUGUGUAUUUCGGUUACAUCCUGAAGGAACUGCGCAAUGUUCUCGCGCGAGGCUACCAGCUUCACGUGCUCUCAUUCACCGUUCAUUCCAUGCUCGUGCACACCACGGAUGCGUUCGAGCAGGGUGAUUUGGACUAUUGUCUGACAGACCUGGUCGCAGUCGUCAUGGAUGAUACCUUCGGUACUGUCGGUCAAGAAAAGGAUGCCGAAGGAUACACUAGCAAGAUGCAGGAGGUGAAGAGCAGCAAGAGUUACGACUCCAUGGAACUUCUUGCAAAGAUCUCCACGAUCAGCCAGCUUUCAAACUUGGUUCGCCCUCUACAGGCACUUCUUCGUGAGAAGCUCAACUCGACCAUUGUCAAGAAGCUCGAUGAGCUCAUGCGAAGAAUCGGUAUUGGUCUUCUGAGAAACCCCAAUGCUGAGAGCCGCGAUCUGUUGGUCUUCUGUUACGAAGUAAUCAAGGAGUCCUACCGCGACAGUGCCCCGACUGAGGCUGUGCCUGCUCCCAAGUCUCGUUCUGAAGAACGGUUCUUGGUCAGGUUGCAAGGAGCCAAGCGAGGAGAGCACCGGGGUACGACAUCUUCUCACGUCUACAAGUUGACUCGAUUCGCGCUUGAUGUCCUUCGUGCGACCCUCAACAAGUUCAAUUCGCUGUUGACUGCUACCAACCUGUCUGGAUUCAUUCCUAUCAUCGGUGAUGCGCUCGUCCAGGCUCAAGAGGAAGUCAAGGUCUCGGCUCUCCGUUUGCUGUCUACCAUCAUCAAGCUCCCUCUGCCCGAACUUGACGAGAACGCAAAUGUCUAUUUUACGGAAGCCGUCAAACUGGUCAAGGAGUCUCCUAGCACCAACACUGAGGCAGCACAAGCUUCUCUGAAGCUGAUCUCCUCAAUGCUCCGCGAACGCAAAGAUACCAAGCUUCGCGAUGGUCACCUUGCUUACCUGCUUCAUCGUUUGACAUCCGACAUUGAAGAGCCAGACCGCCAAGGUGUGACAUUCAACUUCAUCCGAGCAGUCAUGUCCCGGAAGCUUGUUGUCCCAGAGAUGUACGAACUCAUGGAUAACAUCGCGACCAUGAUGGUGACCAAUCAGACUCGUUCUGCUCGAGACCUUGCCCGAGGCACCUACGUUCAUUUCCUGAUUGAAUACCCGCAGGCCAAGAACCGAUGGACCAAGCAGCUCAGUUUCUUUGCAAAGAACCUGGAAUACAAGCACCAAUCUGGACGGCAGUCAGUCAUGGAGGCUAUGCACAUGCUCCUCUCCAAGACUGGCCAGGAAUUGGCUCAAGAUAUCAUCAGCACUUUCUUCCUGCCGAUUGUUCUCGCUAUGGCGAACGAUGAGUCGCCGGAAUGCCGAGAGCUAGCAGGUACCUUGCUGGGAGAGUUCUAUAACCGCGCGGAUCGGGAGCAGAUGAAAGUCAUGCUCACUCCCCUCCAUUCAUGGUUGGGGCAGACCGACAACAUGGCUCUGUGUAGCAUUGGAUUGCAGGCCAUGCGAAUCUACUUCGAGGCCGAGGAAACCGAGAAAGACAAGCAGGCUCGUUUCGUCAUCGGCAUUCUCCCAGAAUUGAUGCAGCCUGUCCUCGAGGACCAUGAGAACGGCAACUGGGAGGCUCUCUACUUCGCUCUGCAGCUUUUCACAAAACUUACCAAAACAGCUUCCACUCUUGCUUUGAGCCCGCAAUGUGCUACCAUCUGGGUGGCAAUCCAGGAAGCCUUGUUCUUCCCCCACGCCUGGGUGAAGACCUGCGCCGCAAACCUCAUUGGCAUGUGGAUGGCUGACUUGGCCAAAACGAAUGCUGCGGAAGGCUACGCUUCGAUUCCCCUGGUUGGAAGCUCUGGUCUUGCUCUUGACAAGCCUGCCAUGCUCCAGCUUCUCCGUGCUGGUCUGCGCAGUCUGCGCACUCCAGGCAUCACUGAGGAUCUUGCCAUGCAGAGCGUUCGCAACCUUGUCUUCCUUGGUCGUUGCUGUGCUCAGAAUGGACUGGAGCUUCCAAAGCUGGGAGGUGAUGAUGUGGAAUCCGAGGACGAGGAUGAAGAUGAUGCCGGUAGCGACGCCGAGGGAGAGACAAAGCAAGAGACCGUUGAAUCUCCGAGAUCUGCCCUCCAUUACAUCUUCAAGCAGAUCUCAUCUCUCCUGCGCCGUGAAAUGCUGUCCAACAGAGCAAAUGCCCUCACCCCCAAGACAGCCUCCAUCACACUCCUCGCCGCGCUCAUACGCCACCUCGACGCUGAGCACAUCAAGCCUUCCAUCCGCGUCAUCCUUAUCCCCCUGCAGCAUCUAACUGACUCAUCCAUCCCGGCACCACGCUCGUCGGAUGAGACCUUCCAGAACACAUAUAAGUCCCUCGUCUCCAACUGCCACGAAGUCUUGGAUCUUCUGCAGAAGAAGCUCGGCACGACCGAGUACAUUGACGAGAUGUCUAAGGUUCAGGAGGCUAUCAAGGAACGUCGUGAAGGAAGACGGGUCAAGCGUCGCAUCGACGCUGUUGCCGAUCCCGAGCGUUACGGACGCGAGAAGAUCAAGAAGAAUGAGCGGAAGAAGGACAAGCGUCGUGAGAAGGCCAUGGAGCAUCGUGGUAAGAGACGCGGGUGGUAA